AUGUUCCAAUGGUUAAGAGAGAAUGGUUGUCCAUGGAUUGCAGGGACAUGUGCGAGUGCUGCUAAAGGUGGCCAUUUGGAAAUCUUGAAGUGGGCUCAUGAAAAUGGGUGUCCAUGGAAUGCUAGCACAUGCACAGGUGCUGCACAAAAUGGCCAUUUUGAUUUGCUCAAGUGGGCUCGUGAAAACGGCUGUCCAUGGAAUGCAGAUACAUGCACCUUUGCUGCCAGAAAUGGACAUUUUGAAUUUUUAAAGUGGGCUCGUGCAAAUGGGUGUCCAUGGAAUGAAUAUACCUGCUCAAGUGCCGCCGCAGGUGGCCAUUUGGAAAUCUUGAAGUGGGCUCGUGCAAACGGCUGUCCAUGGAAUGCAGAUACAUGCUCAAGUGCUGCAGAAAAUGGCCAUUUUGAUUUGCUCAAGUGGGCUCGUGAAAACGGCUGUCCAUGGAAUGCAGAUACAUGCACCUUUGCUGCCAGAAAUGGACAUUUUGAAGUUUUAAAGUGGGCUCGUGAAAAUGGGUGUCCAUGGAACGGUUGGACAUUUCGAGCCGCACGCCAUAUCAACGACGACACGGAAGAAAUGGUCCAGUGGCUGCGUGACAAUGGCUGCCCUGAGGCAUGAGUUUGGGGAUAUUGGUGAUCAUUAUUUAUUUAAACAGAAGAAUAGCAAUAAUGCAUUUCGUUU